GGACCUACCCUUGAGACUGAUGGCCCCAGGAAGAGCGUAAAGUUCUCCAUCUUUUGAUAAACUAGAAUUAGAGUCGUCGCAUUCUGCAGAAAUCCUUGCACGUAAGACCUCUCAAUGCCUCCAAACACCCCACACGGCUUUCUCGCAGCACACGCCGUGCGUUGCGCCCAUCUGGAUGACGGGGUUCGCGCCGCACCUAAUACCAAACGGCUUAUAGUUUGCUGUGAUGGGACAUGGAACAACACUAAUGACAAGGCGGAUCCCGCCAGUAACGUGAGCCGCUUGUCAGGCGCUUUCUCUCGAAGCUGCUGCUCUGGCAUGCCUCAGGUCAUUUACUACCACCCGGGAGCUGGAACCGAGACGUCAAAAUUUGCCCAGCUCCUGGGUGGGGCGUUUGGGUAUGGAGUUCCACAGGACAUUGCCGAGACUUACCGCUUCAUCUGCGACAACUACCGCCCCUACGACGAGCUUUUCCUCAUUGGCUUCUCACGUGGCGCCUUCACAGCUCGCUCCAUUGCCGGCAUGGUGUGUUCUCUUGGCUUCCUCAACCGCGCUGGUAUCGAGCAAUUGCCUCACAUAUUUGGCGACUACUCGCACUGGUCGUCCUGGACGAGCGAGUCCCAUUUUAAUCACCAGCUCCAUCUGAGAGCCUUCACCCUUGAGAACAUGGAAAAGAACGAAGAGAUCGAUGUACUCUGGAAGAACAUAAAGGCCAAACAGAAGGUGAAAGAGGGUCAUUCUCAGGAAUCUGGCGUCCCCGGGCCUUCAAGCACCAGGAGUUCCUUGGAGCAGAAUGAUGCUCGCGCUGAAUUCGAGCCCACUUACACUCCUAGGAGUAAGAGUCAGUUGAAGGUAGAGCUCCAGAAGGACAAAGAGACUUUGUUUCAAAACAUUGUGAAGGCAAACAGAACGAGUGGCACCGAUGAGGCGGCUCAAGUGGCGAAGGUAUACCGGGACAUGUUGGCGAAGCACCAAUUGGUAAUGACAUCGAAGCGUCGAUCCGAGAGUCCCGAACCAAAACCUGGAGACUCGGCAAAGUCGAGGAUGAAUUCCCAGCAUUCUGUAGCCGAGAAUGUCGACCAGCCCGGCGCCGCCGGCGGUCCAAAGAAAGGAAAUGGCAACGAAUUGGAAGAAUUUCCGAUGGAGGGAAGGGUUCGGGCAAUCGGCGUUUGGGAUACAGUGGGAAGCCUCGGUAUACCGAAAACUGCUCUAAGUCGCAGUACCCGUCGAGCACGCGAGAUGCAGUUGGAAAGCUUGUACGUCCACCCCAGGGUGGAUUACGCCUUCCACGCAGUCGCGCUUGACGAAUGGCGCACCGCCUUUCGCCCGACUAUGUGGGGGAAGAGGAACAACGGCCACACGAAUCUGCGUCAGGUCUGGUUCCCCGGAAAUCAUGGCAAUGUUGGCGGGGGGUGGGAGGACCAGCAAAUUGCUACAAUCGCCCUUGCAUGGAUGGCGGACCAACUGACACCGCUCGGAGUCGAGUUCAGCAGGCAGGAAAUGGAGCGCAUCUUCUCGUCCGUCAAUCCCGGCGUCCAGGUUCGGGAAUGGGGCAUGGGACGUAUUUACAACCCACACGGCGUUACCACCUACUUUGAUCGGGUCUUCAAUCUGAUGGCAAAGCCUUGUCGCAAACUCAAGGGAAUAAAAAAGGACAAGAAUCCGCGGGAACCGGGCAGGUACUAUGACGAAGACAAUGCUCACCUUCGCACUCGUCUUCCGGAGACGAACGAGCUCGUCCAUCCUUCAGUUCGAAUCCGUUACCUCUACGGCGGUCCCGGCCUCGAUGGUAAGGGCGUUUGGAGUUGUGGAGCUUUGAUCGGGGAAGGCUGCUACAGUCUCCAGUCCGACCCGAAUUCGAUCCAUCCCCGUCAAGGUCGGCAGCUGAACCAGAGCAAGAGUGAAUAUCAGUGUGUUGUCGGCGUGGCUAUUCCAUACUACGGAAAGCCGCCCGAGCCCAACAAGAGACCCAGUGAUAAGGACAAGGACCGGAGGUUGGUCCGCGUUGAGCAGCCGAACUGGUUCAAGUCGUUCGAAAACGCGAUUAACAACCUUCUUCCUCCACCAGAACGUCGUUGGUUCUGGUCACCUGAGUUUGAUGGCGGGGAGAUAUUAGAGGAGGAGCAUUUGGGUAUAUGGGAGCAAAAGUUUAUUCACAUCAACGACAAGCUCAAGGAGCGGGCGGUCGUUGAUGGGGUCGGAACCGGGGCGGGAAGCGGGGAUGGCGCUUCCCGGUAUACAUUGAGAGGGGGUUCUGGGCUGCCCGAGGGUUGCUCAGAGUACAGACUCCUCGAUGUCAACAGAUGGGAAAAUUGGACUCCAGCGUGAUAUUGAUUGAGGAAGAUAUAGUUUGUCAUUAUUAUAUUAUACUUUCCAAUCUUCAAGUACUUCCUAUUUUUGCUCCAGCGCGGUCCCUCAGCAGCGGGGCCGCAACGUUUCGGGGCCGGCAGGCGUGGCUGGGUGGGCACGGACGCGCCAAACCGCGAAGCACACAACCCGCGUGCGAAACACCAUUUAAAAUGCGAUUUUUUUUUAGCAAGGUCCACCAAAACGCGU